AUGACCGGUCGCGGCAAGGGAGGAAAGGGUCUGGGAAAAGGAGGAGCCAAGCGCCACAGGAAGGUACUUCGCGAUAACAUCCAAGGUAUCACGAAGCCGGCCAUCCGUCGUCUCGCGCGCAGAGGCGGUGUCAAACGUAUUUCCGGUCUUAUCUACGAAGAGACUCGCGGUGUUCUCAAGGUGUUCCUUGAGAACGUUAUCCGCGACGCCGUCACUUACACCGAACACGCCAAGAGGAAGACCGUCACCGCCAUGGACGUCGUCUACGCUCUGAAACGUCAAGGCCGCACCCUGUACGGUUUCGGUGGUUAA